UGCUGCCGCCCACAAGACAACUACACAACCAAGGGCAACGGCGCAAGGGAAGCUACGGAGAAGACAUAACCCUGGCAUUCGCGGCUACGCGUUCGGGCCAGCAAAGACCAUCACCUGAUCCCCCUUCACAAGGCGGUCGCCCCCACCGGUCCCGGCAUGGCGGAGACUGGGGCUGAUGACGACGAGACGCUCGGCGCCUGGGCCCUGCGCUACCGCGGCGUCGCCACGUUCGGCGCGUUGGCGUUGCUCCUGGGCACCGGAAAGUUCGUGGGUUUCCACUGGCACCGGCUGGCGUUCCUGCGGCGGUUCGUCGUGCCCCCCGCCGUGAUCUCGGGCCUACUGGGCUGUGUGGUGUACCGGCUGUUCAAAGGGGUCAUGUCGCCGGGAGUGAAGUCGUCACUCGACGAGAGCUUGAGCGAGGUGGUGGUGUUGAUGAUCAACUUCACCUUCUCCGCGCUCACGCUGGGCUUCGCAAGCGCGGGGACCUACGUCCCCAGGACCCGGGCGGUGCUGGCCUCCAUCUGGCACGAGGCCCUGCCCAUGCUGGUGUACAGCCAGGUCCUCAUCUGGGGACAGUCGUGCGUGGCCCUGCUGACGGUCGGCCUCAUCCGCCUGGGAAACCCUGACGUAUCGGUCUUCCUCGGCGCUCUGAUUACCAUGGGCCUGGAGACGGGGCGCGACGUGAUGUCGUUCUCGACGAGGGAGAUUGCGGGGGAAUGGGCUGACGAGGUGGUCCGUCUUGCCGACUCCUUGGGCUUGCUCCUGUCAGUGUUUGGAGGCAUUUGCCUCAUGACGAUGCACAUGGGAAGCUGGGGUCCGACCGGAGCAAGGGGAUACGCUUUGGUGGGCAACGACGAGGCCGCCGCCGGCGCUGGAGACGGCCUUCUCACCGGAGGGGACGGAGAAAGGGAUGCCGGCCGCCAGCGGGAACACUUCCACCGCGGGAGGGGAAGGUGCGGGUGGCUGGUGGGAAGGGCAUCGCCUGAUCGGGGCCGGCAGGGGCCCGGCGGCGCAGCCGCCGCCGGCACCGCAGGGCGCGGCCUGGGCGGCGGCUUGCCCGGUUUCGACGACGCGAACGUCGGCAACAGCGACGCCGGCAGCAACAACCACCGCUCGCGCUCCCUGUCCCCUCGCUCCCGCCCGGCUCUUCGCGGCGCCGGCAUCGCUGGCAGCUUGCUGGAGGCGGGCACGCCGGAGGCGUCGGUAACGGGCCGGGACAGGGGCCCCACGCUUGGUAUUCAUCAGGCGGGGCUCGGGGCGCACCUGCUGCUGCCGGCCGUGUCGGUUGGCGCGGCCUGGCUGGUGGACCUGUUCAUCCGCUUCCUGGAGAACCGCGUCGAGUACACGGCCAAGCACCACAUCAUUUCGGGCUUUCGGCUGUUCCAGCUGAGCAUGUGUGCCGCUCUGCUGUUCAUGUGCUUCAUCCGGCGGACAAGCCCGUUCCGGUACCAUAGCGAGUGGUUCUUCAGGCUCAGCGGCCUGUGCCUCGACCUCAUGACCACUGCCGCAAUCAGCAGCAUCGGGUUCGCAAGCAUCCCCGACAAGUUCAACGCCGCCUUCCUGCUGGUUCUCUUCUCUUGCGUGCUGUGGAACGUGGGAGUCUUCAUCGUGCUGGCCCCUCGGAUGUUCCCCAACUUCUGGCUCUUGAGGGCGACCGCGCUCAUCGGCGACGCGCUGGGCCACAGCUGGGUGGGCCUCCUGCUGCUGAGGGCCAUGGAUUUCCGUCUGCAGACGCCCGUGCCCCUGGCUUACGCGUACAAGACCAUGAUGUUCUUCGUGCCUGCUUCGGGGAGCAAGAACGCUAUCGUCGUAGCGAUGGUUGACGUCAUGGGCGUGUGGGAGGCGUUCGUGGUCUGCCUCGGCGUGUGCGCGGCGUGGCUCUGGGUCUUCGACUGGCACUUCAAGCCGAGGAUGCCGCACAACCAGCAGAUGAGGGAGGAGGAGAGGUCCAAGAGGAAGCAGCGCUCGCCUCUGCGGACGCGGAAGAAGAAGAAGAACGUGAUCGAAGAGGCGGAGCUGGUGGACAUGCGGCCGCCUGGAGUUGUCCGUCACGAGGUGGAGUCGCCAGUGGAGGAAGCAAGAGACGUCGUUCUCGACCAGCCUUCCAAGAUCCUCACGGCGGCCCGUCUGAGCCGUCUCGCGGAAGCGGUGCCCCUGGGCCAGGCGAUGAAGACUUGGAGGCUUGGCUACAGCAUCGCCAGGGACGGCGCGAGCUUGUGGACCCUGCUGCAGAACUGCCGGGGGAGGGGGCCGUUUGUGGUGGCCUGGAGCGAUGCUGGCAGGUGUCUGAUCGUGGUGGAGGAUAGCUGGGGGUACGUCUUCGGCGGCUUCGUGGCCGGCUCGAUGAAGGAGAGCCAAGACUACUAUGGCACGGGCGAGUCAUUCGUGUACUCGUUCCACCCCUCCUUCAAGGCCCACCGCUGGACAGGAGCCAAUGACUACUUCUGCAUCUCGAGCGACUCGUGGCUGGCCAUGGGCGGUGGCGGCGGCGGCUUCGCCUUCCAGAUCGACGACGAGCUCGACGCCGGAGAGAGCAAUCCGAGCGACACCUUCGGAAGCCCUCGGCUGUCUUCGAACGAGUUCUUCAGGCACGCGAGCGACUGUGUUUCUUGGCGCGUAGUCGUCGCUUCUUUCUUUUUUUUAUUGCUGCACUUGUAGUCGUCCCUUUUUUUGUUGCGUCAUGCGCGGCGAACAUGACAUGGUGAUGGUGGUGGCGGGGGGUGUUCGCCUUGGAAAGGGUGAAUGGACCCACGAAGCAUGGACAUCUCGAAUCAGACCACCCCAAGAGUGGAUGAUGGCGGAAUUUAUCCCCGUCGGUCGGCGCGGUCUGUUGUUUCCUGGUCCCCUGUGCGCUCAGGAACGCGUGCGUCGUUUCCAGGCACACCCGCCACCUACAGGUUUGCUCGUGGGUUUGGUUGGUCCUUGCUCUCGCCCUCCCGUCCCCUGUAUGUUAAUAUGUUUUGAACGCCUACAUCCCGGGGUGUCCACCCAUUGGGUUGCCGUACGUGCCCAAUGAUUUUUGGCCCACUCCCAACGGCCUGCGCUACAUCUUCUCCAUGAUUGUGUGACGUUUGUCAGGAAGGACCGCGUCUAGCUCCGAACACCCCCUUUGGUGUCGUGCUUUUCUGCGAUUGAUUUUGAGUUCACACUCGCUUGCUGUCGCAAAAAUGCGUGGAACGGUAUCUAUCCCCACUCCGUCCGUGAGUGGUUUUGCCUACAGUAGUUUCCCUCCAUCGGAAGGGCCUUUUUUUGGCAAUUGAACGCCGCAAAGCAGUAGUCAGCUUUUGUUUCUUGUCAUCCCAUCAAUCCUGUCGUCGCUUCUACACUUUCUGUACUAUUCUGGAUGCACCCGCAGGGGCGUGUCACCCGGGAGAAAGGUCACACAGUAUGCACCUCACAUGGGACCUUUUUCAAACGUAUUUCGUGUGUUGUUUCCACCAGGUGCCUGCAGGUGGAGGUGUGGGUCUUCUCGGACCUCAAGCCUUCGGGCGUUUGACGCACGUACGUGUGUGAAGUACUUAGUGGAGAACGGGCGUGCGGGAUAGGAACCCCGACACACGCCAAGCUCUCCCGGCUCUAUUUCGUUCUCCAGAGGCCAAGAGAGAGAGAGAGAGAGAGAGAGAGAGAGAGAGAGAGAGANGAGAGAGAGAGAGAGAAACACCUUGGGAAGCCUUCUUUACGGGAGAAAGGGACGGGGGCUACUUUCUGUGUCGAGAAAAAUGGCUUUGAAAUACGCAGGGACCGGCAGGAGGGGUAUUUUUCACGGUUGGGUAUCGUCUGGGAACACCAGGGGUAAGUUCCUUGCGUUUGGAGGACCGAGGCUUUGGGAAAACGCCUGUUGGGGGCGGAGUCUGUUGCGCGUACGAUGUGUUCGGGGCUGACUCCCUAUGCUCUUUUGGACUGCCUGCGGCCUAGUGGCGAGUCGGGCCCGAGCCCCCACCAAAACGAAGGUGUGCCAGCUACUGUCGUGGAAAAUCACACCGUCGCCUCGUGCGGUGAGGUCUGUUUUGGUAUUGGCUUGCUUUUCGACAUCACUGGGGUGUCGCCCGGGCCGCAGUGUACGGGAAGCAAUGGGCAACCGACACAAAGCGUCAUGUUAAGCUCGCAAGCAUUGAUGGCAUGCCACGAAAGCCCGUCUCUCUCGAUGGUUCGUUGCCGGAAGAAGUAAUCGACUACUGGUGUGUUCA